UUGAGCCGUUCUGAGUAGAAGCUGGACAAGAAGAGUGCGCGUUGGGAGUUUUGUGUCAUCGAUUGGAGGAUCUGCUCGGCGAAUUUGGCGAGAGGAAAAUAUUAAGGACUUCCACCCUCGUUCAUUCGGGGAAGAAAAGGGGGUAUGUUUUGACAGUUGCGCGUCGUGCGAAGUGAUUGAAGAAGAAUACCGCGACUUACUUGGAUGGUAAUUUUUUUUUGGCGAGGAGAAAAAGUGUACAGUGUGAAGCACAAAACUGAGCAAGAGAGUGAAGAGGAGGGCGAGCAGCAAUCGCUAUCAGUGCCGACCAGUUGAUAAGGAGUUUCAAUGAACUGCAUUGGGCAGCGCAGAACUAGAGCAAGUUGAAGAUGGCUGUUUUAAACUUUUCUUGAGUUUGAAUCUUUCAAAUCGAGCAACGACGAAUCAACGAGAGGAGCGGAAAAAAAAAGUAUCGUGAGUGUAUCGUAUUUCGCGGAGGCGACAGUUUUGAUUUGAGUAACGUCUGUGUUUCGGUGCAGCGCAUUGAGGGCUGCGGCAGUUUGGCCGUCGUGUUUUAUAAAAGGAAAUUAUUUUGAUUUCGUAGUUUUUUUUUUCGUGUGUUCCAUCGAGGUUCGACCCAAAGAAGAACACGAAGACUGAUACCGAGAAACCGACAGAGGAAAAAAAACAGUCAAGUCGUUGUUAGGACGGCCGCGCAGUGACGGACGGCGGACGACGGGUGAAGUAGUAGUCGCGCGAGGAAGUCGCAUGAAGGCAAACGCGAGCCGGGUGUGAUACAAAUGAAAAAAUCAAGCUGAACAAGCCAAGAAAGAAGAAGAAGAGGGUGAAGCAGUUUGAUUCAUUCAUAAAAAUCUUACUCGCGCUUUUUUAUUUUGUUGCACAUACAUUUAUAUGCGCGCACACGUCGAUCGAAGAAGGCGGUUGCCCAGGGCGAAGAGUAUUGUGUAUUAUUAUUUGCUGUGUCGUGUUUAGACGAAAUCGCGCAGUGACGACGAAUGUGUAGUGGUGUGCGCAACUGCAGCAACAGCCGCACGCGUUCUCCCAUCAUAUCAUAGGAGGCGGAAGGCGAGAAGAGUGGUUGCUGAUCUUCAAAACCGUAGAAUUAUAGUAGGCGAAAAGUGCGAAUAAGAGAGCGUUUAUAAAAUUAGAAUUAUAUUUACCUAAAUCGGCGGAUUGGGCACGGGUUGCGGCAAAUUUCUCUUGUGGAUGAUGGUGAUGCUGCUGCAGCGCUAAGCUCACGUGGAAGAAGAUUGCAACCAGAUGAUUCCGAUGAUGCUAAUGAUGAUGGUGCGGUAAUUGUGCAAUGAAAUUAAUUCGUUACCGAUGAGUGAAGUCCGCAUGCAAUUACGUGUGUAAACAUUGUCGACUUGCGACGAGGAAGAAUAAGAAAUAGGUGCGGUCGAAUAUAUUAUUGAGUUCGGGAAUUCGUAAUCAAAGUGGAUCGCAACAGUAGGCCUCAAUUACCGAAGACAGCAGCAGCAGCUAGAAGCAGCCUACUGGGAGCAGCUUCGAAAAGCGAGCAGCCAAAUUCUUCUGGGGCGCACGCGCAAGCAAUGGAAUUGGAGGCAGCGUACGAAGCACUAGCGGACUACUCGCUCCAGGAGGCUCCCUUCUACGAGGCACCGCUCAAGGUGGGUUCAGCCCAACAACCAAACACGCCUCAGUUAUCCCAUACACCACGGCAGCAGCACCAGCAGCUGUUUCAGAAUCCAUUUUCCUUCCGAUCGGCCUUGUUUGGCACAGGUCGCAGCACCGGCGGUGGCUCAAUGGCUGCGUCCUCGCUGAUGAUCAACACCAAUGGCGGCACGGUGGUAGUAGGCGGUGGCAAGUUGAUGCAACAUCUCAGCAACUCCGGUGCCAAUGUUCCACAGUUGCAGCAACCGCCUUCCCGGCCGCCGGCCCUGGUGUCAUCCUCCUCAGGAGGACUGCUGAAGACCAAGAAGCACUUCAAAAAGUCUGUCAGCUUUCUGCCGACGAUUGUACAGAGUCCCGAUGGCGAGUCGCACAUUCAGCUGAAACAGGAACCACUGGACGAUGCACCGCACAUACGGAACAUCCAGAAGGUCCCGAGCCUGUCGGAUCUGAGCGAUCCGGAAGCAUCGUUAGAUGUGCCGACGCAGAUGCCACCGCUGACGCCGGGAACCAACAAAAAGUUGACCGAAGUCCUGUACGCGUCCUUUGCCUCCUGGGAGAAGGUGGUGCAGUCGUACAAAAUCACCAAAGAUCCACGACAAUGGACACCGGAACAUGUGAUCAUUUGGCUGAACUGGUCGAUUACGGAGUUUUCGCUGGAGAGCGUCAACAAGGAACCGUUCCUCAAGAUGAGCGGCCGGGAGAUAAUCGGUUUGGGCAGGGAAGGCUUCCUGGCCAUUGCGCCGCCCUUUACCGGGGACAUCCUGUGGGAGCAUCUGGAAAUACUGCAAAAAGAUUGUGAGAAAGCCCUGCUGGACGGCAGUGCGUCGGUAGUGGCAGCCGUCACCAGUGCCCUGUACGGCGUCGGUGGCGGUGGCGGCAGCGGCGAUUGUGGCUCGACGGGAGGGACCAGCAGUGGCGUCAGCGAAAUCAGCGAGUACAACAGCGCCCUCCAGCGGUUAAGCAGCCAACAGCACCAGCAGGAGCAACAGUUUAGCGGUAGCAAUUCGACGUCCACCAGUGGCGGCGGAGGUGGAGGUGGCGGCCGCAGCGGUGGGGGCAGCAGUGCUGCCAGCAAUUCCAACAAUAGUAGUGGUUACACAUCCCUCCACGAUCGUAGUAAUAGUUCCCCACCUCCGCUGAUCCAAUCCUCCAACCAAUCCGGAAGCGGAGCGGGAGGCGGGGGAGGAGGAGGCGGAGGCGGAGGAGGCUCCGGUGGCAGUAACAACAAUAGUAGCAGCACAAACUCAACCUCCUCUAGUGGUAAUAGUAGUAGCAAUAGUAACAACAACAACAACAACAACAACAGCAGCAGUAUGUCCUCCUAUCUGUCAUCGAUGGCGGCGGCCGUGAGGAAUGCCAACAGUAACAAUAGUGGCAACAACAACAACAGCAGUAGUGCGAAUAGUUCCAACUAUCCUAGCAGCAAUAGUGCGAAUACCCCAUCGACGGCGUCCUCCGGAAGCGGCGGAAGUCACCCGCAGAUGAAGGAAGAGCACGAACCGAACAGUUUUAUCAACAUCGACGAGCUGCCGAACUUCGGCGUCGUCCCGGGUCACUACGACGAUCAGGACCAGUACCACUCGCUACCGCAGCCGGAAACCCAAACGCCCUCCCACGGCUAUCUGGAGAACAGUCCGGAGUUCUAUUCCGCCAUCCAGAUGGAGCAGAAGUACAUGGCCCCGCACUACAAAACCGGCCCGUAUACGAGUCGAGGUGGCCGGUACCACCAGCCACAUGCUCACGGUGGCGGUGGAGGUGGAGCUGGGCCUGGCGCUGGCGCCGGAUCCCAAAACAGCCACCACCAUCAUCACCACCAGCACCACCACCCGCACCACGACGCAUACCCGGAGUACAGUUCGCCCUACGACACGCCACCGUUCCAGACCGUACCGAGCAAUACGACCUCCCCACAGGGAUCGGGAAACAACAACAACGACAGCACCGGUCUCGGAGGUCACAUGGACCCCUGGAGCCAGCUGCACCACCCCGGUCAACAUCCGGGUCACCCGGGAGGACAUUCGUCGCUGUUGGACUUCCAACAUCCGGCCUACAUGGGAACCACGAUGGGCUUCGAUAAGACGAUGCUCGGAAGCUACGGAGCGCAAGGUGGCGCGCCAUGUUUCACCGGUUCCGGACCCAUUCAGCUGUGGCAGUUCCUGCUGGAACUCCUAACCGACAAGACCUGCCAGAACUUCAUCUCCUGGACCGGCGAUGAGUGGGAGUUCAAGCUGACCGAUCCGGAUGAGGUGGCACGCCGGUGGGGCGUCCGGAAAAACAAGCCAAAAAUGAACUACGAGAAGCUAAGCCGAGGCCUCCGGUACUACUACGAUAAGAAUAUUAUCCACAAAACUGCCGGCAAGCGUUACGUCUAUCGUUUUGUAUGUGAUCUUCAAACUCUGUUAGGAUACUCAGCCAAACAAGUGCACGAAAUGGUUGACCUCAAACCGGACAAAAAGGACGACGAGUAAAAUGCCAAAAUGCACACUCUACCCUCCCGUCAAAAAGUGUAGCCCAAAGCAUGCUUCUUGCUCAAAGAAAACCUAACCAAUAAGCGGGAGCGAAACCCAAAACCUCCUUAUACUUACAAAAUUUCACCCUUUUCGUGUGAAUCGUGCUUCCAUCGAACGGCUAAAGAAACGAAAACCCAAUCGUGUUACCCACAUUCUACCUUAAAUCUGUGUUUCUUCCCAAAAAAAAAAUACAAAACAAAGAUCGUACUUUUACAAUCUACCAAAAAAGGAAAACAAAAAAACGAUAAAAUCCAAAAUCAUAGUAGGCAGAGAGUGCAGCAGCAGCAGCAGCAGUGGAUGAAGCUCAGUGUGCCUUACGACGCGACAAGCUGACAGUUCAUUUCAAAACAACAAUCGAGUCAACCUCUCUCUCUCUCACUCUAUCACUUUAACACAAGCCAAGCACAUCAUCCAAGUAGGCUGAUGUAAAGAAAAAAAAACAGUGACCCGCAGAUUUCCCCCAAACAAACAAGUUAAGAACUACGCAAGAUCAAGAUCCGCUCCCGGAUGCAUCCGGUUGAUUCCGGUUGCGGAAAAGGUAAGCGAAACUUAAAUCUACUUAAAAAUACAAAACAAAAACAAAUGUUGAGAACUGCGGUGCGGAAAGCGAAAAGCUUUUUCCCAGGCAAAAUGCGAAUAGUGGACAAACAAAAAAAAAAAGAGGUAGAACUCCACAGAACGGAAGAAAGCAAGAAACAAACUUUAUUUUAUUUUUCCUUAGUUAAAAUAAUUAUUUGUGAAGCUUUUGUGAUAAGUUUUUUUUUUCUUUAUUUCUAUUUUUACUAGAUAUAAUUGCUUAUAUAUAUGUAUGUAUGAUUAUUACUAGAUGGUAGGCCACACAAACAUGAGAUAGAAAAUGAGAAAUUCGGAUUAAGAAGACGUUCCACCCGCCUUCUUUUCAGCCGAGAAAAAGAAGCGAAAGGCAUCAGAACACGAUCCUAGUAAACAAUGAAAAAAAAAAUGAGCAGUAUAAACAAAUCAAGUGAAUGUUCUUUGUAGUGUAAUAUUAUUCAAUGAUAGAAAGCUAGACCGAUCGAGACGAGUGAGCGAAGCAUUUUUUUUUUCGAAUGAGCGUUGUUAGGAUUGAGUGAGUUCGCUCGCCCCCUCCCCUCGCUAGGAUAUUUUUUUUCAUUUUUUUUAUACAAAUCAGCAGUGGAGGGUGGAAGCAGCUGAUCUCUACUGCGAGUAAACACACACACACAAAAAAUCAGAGUACUAUUCUAGAGCUUAAUUUGCAGUUCGUGUUUAUAUUUAGUUUUAUAGAAAUCGUCAUCGCCGUCUGUGCUAGAGGAGCGUUUGAGAACGAGAGAACGUGGUACACGUGAAUCAAUCACGUUUGAGUGAGAACGGUGUAGUUAAAAUGUAAGUGAUUAUAAAAUAGAAGCAGAAAUAUUAUUGUAAACAGAAAAAAAAGUAUCAACAACAACAACA